GAGUCACUUGUGCCCUGAAGCCACGAUGGGUGAGAGUGUGACAUACGCCGACCUGCAGUUCUCCAAGGCCCCCCCGGGAUGGAGCGCACCCCCCCGCACGCAGGGGGCAGCACCUUCAGCCCCACAUGAGGCCGACAGCACCUACGAGAACCUGCAUCUGGGCCCUUUGGGCGCGGGGCCAGCUGGGAGCGGGGCCCAGCAGCACAGAGCAGAAGGACACUGGCAGGGCUCUGGGUGCUGCAGGUGCUGGAGCUGGUCCCACGGCCCCUUGUCUUUUGUGGAGCCCCGAUGGAGCGCGCGGCCCCUGCCCCUGGGCCUGCUGGCAGCCUGCCUGGCCCUGCUGGUCACCACCAUCGCCCUGGGGGUCUGCUGUGAGUAG